GUCCCCGCGCGGUUGCGUGCUCGGCCCUGCGCUUAUAUGCACCACUCGCGCUCGCCUGCUUCUGGAUCCCUCUCCUCCUCCUCGCCAGUCCCACCUCCCCUUCUUCCUCGCAGCAGCCUUAUCUCUUCUCCGGCUCAGCCUAGCAAAAGCGCUCUCCGGCCAGCGAGAAAGCAAGAAGGCGGAGGCAUGAAGAUCCAGUGCGACUCGUGCGGCGUCGCGGCGGCCACGGUGGUGUGCUGCGCGGACGAGGCGGCGCUGUGCGCGCGCUGCGACGUGGAGAUCCACGCCGCUAACAAGCUCGCCAGCAAGCACCAGAGGCUCCCGCUCGACGCGCUCGGCGCCAAGCUCCCGCGCUGCGACAUCUGCCAGGAGAAGGCCGCCUUCAUCUUCUGCGUCGAGGACCGGGCGCUCUUCUGCCGCGACUGCGACGAGCCCAUCCACGUCCCCGGCACGCUCUCCGGGAACCACCAGCGCUACCUCGCCACCGGCAUCCGCGUCGGCCUCGGCCCCGUCUCCGCCUGCGCCGCCGGGGACCACGGCGCCGCCCACGACGCCGACCACCACGCCCCGCCCAAGGUCUCCUGCGAGCCCCAGCCCGCCGCCCGCGCGCAGCAGGUCCCCUCGCCGCCGCAGUUCCUGCCGCAGGACUGGGCCGUCGACGAGCUCCUGCAGUUCUCGGACUACGAGUCCAGCGACAAGCUGCACAAGGACUCGCCUCUCGCCUUCAAGGAGCUGGAGUGGUUCACCGCGGACAUGGAGCUCUUCCACGACCACGCGCCCAAGGGCGGCAGGGCGACCAUGGAGGUCCCCGAGUUCUUCGCCUCGCAGGCGGCAGACGACGCGGCCUACUACAGGCCGAGCAGAGUCGCCGCCACCGCCGGCGUGCGCCAGAGCAAGAAGGCCCGCGUCGAGAUCCCCGACGACGAGGACUUCUUCAUCGUGCCUGAUCUUGGCUAAGCGAUGCUUCUAGAUGCUAGUACCUCCUCGUGUGAUUUUGCAGUGUUGUUGUAUACAGAGAGGAGCUGUGUACAAAAGCUAGUCUUCUGUCGAACUGUGCCCCUGUGCAUCUUGACGUAGCACCGCUGAACUGUGACAUAUAAUAAUUAUUAUCGUAAGAUAUGAGCUUUGCAAAAUGGACGCUUUUGAUGUACCUCUGUACUUUUGCACUAGUUAGAGCAUCUCUAGUGGCUUGUGUAAAUUUGAUAGUCUAUAUCUUCACAUACACAAUGGUGUAAUUUUUUUUCAUUUUAGACAACCUCAGUUUUUCA